AUGACAGAGGCCAUUAGUGAGGAUUGUACGUCUGUGAUCAAUUCGGGCGACGGCUUUUCUCGCGCCGUCUCAGGUGGUUCGCAGGAGGCAUUAUCUUCAUCGACGUUCGGACAGUCGGAGACGCCAACGCAAACGCCAACGCGUCCACCCGUUCCAUCUCCGAAGAGUGGCUCUUCAGACGUGGAGAACUUCUAUCUCGAAAAAUGGUAUACGUGUGUGGUGGGUUGCCUACCUCCCAUCUUCCGCGACAUAACUAUGGCGGCCGGCAUGCCGGACUUUCCUCCUCUUUGGAGUGCCAUCUGUGCCAUCUCGGCGUCUUACCUGGCUCAUAUCGAGUCUUCCAUCGUCAUCACCAAUGCGGGCGGGCGAAGGUCCCGAUAUGUCCCACAAUCCGAGCAUCGAUAUCGAAGCCUGGAAUUCUAUGACCGCGGCGUCCGAGAGCUGACGAGGCUGGUCUCGACUUCCAAACCAGCAGACAUACACUACGUGCUGGCCACGUCGCUCAUCUUUCACUAUUUUGAGAUCGACUCGGGUUCCGUCGUCGGGGCGGGCGGGCAUAUGGAAUCCAUUGACAGCCUCGUCAUGUCUUCCUACGACGUCCUCCAUGCCGAUUUGACCGGCCAAAAGCUCCUUUGCACUUGGAUGGUCCUCCGCGGCGUGGUUGCAAGCCGACGGCUCUCGGUCGGCCUCGGAUUGACCGGACUCUCUUCGUCCAUCAGCUCGGAUGAACUGGACUACAUCAUGUCCACGGCGGCAACGCCAUAUGACUCCAUCAUGCGGCUUCUGUUGACGUCGCUGUCUCUCGUCCGCGUCAUGAUUCUCGACUGGUGCGUGUGUCGUGGCGCGUCGUUCGUGACGCCGGAAGAGAAACAUGCCGCGUUCGCCGGCGUCCUGGACAAACUCUCCCUUCCCGAGUCUCGACGAGAUUGCUCCAGCUCCGAAUUGGCCGCUAUCGACGACGGCUACUGGAAGUCUCUCGCAAAGCAGCGGGCCAAACUCGACGACUGGCACUCUCGGCUGCCCAUGUCGGAGCUCCCGACCGAGAGCUUCACGUCUCAGAACACCGAUCCUACAACUGCAGACACCACCACCGCCGCCGCCGACCCGGACGUGGAGCCUCUGCGCUUUCAGACCCACGAGGCCGCCAUGAACUACAUCUACUACGCGCUGGCGCAGAUGCUCAGCUCCCGCCGGGCGCUUGCGCAAGUCGCCACCGCGGACGCCCCGCCCGCCAAAUUCACCACGCGCAACUACCCCUGGGAGCACCUCAUCCUGCGCAUCACCAUGGGCCUGGAUCUCAGCGACUGCGUGACCAAGCACACCUUCCGGGUUGGCGUCAUGUCGGUCCUCUCGACCUGCGCCGCCUGGUGCCCCCACAUCGCCGUCACCCAGGUGGCGGAGCGGUGGCUGGCCAAGCUCGAGGCCUGCGGCAUGGCCGUCGAGGACGGCAUGCCCGUGGCGGUCAUCAAGCGCGAGCUCAACUUCGUCGUCGAGAACAAGAAGAAGGACCAGGACAUCUUUCGCAUUUCCGUCCUCACCAGCGCCGACACCGAGACCAGAGAUGUAUACCAGAGUGAUUUUCAGAUGUUAUCCGCCGUGUGUGCCAAGGAUCGCCGCACUGGGAAGCUGUACAACGAUAUACAAGAGAUUCCGUAG